AUGAUAAUGUUGCAUUUGCUUUCAUUUAUUUCAUUCCUAGCCUAUACAAUAUGUUGUUUUGAGAUCUCUGAGAAGGAAGACUUGGAAAAAGUCUGGGGUCAAGAUUGGCCAUUCAGCGGCAUCAAUACGUAUGCCCAUCUACCACACGAUAGAUGUUUGAUAGACAAAAACUUGACCUUCGAUGUAGGCAUUAUUGGUAUCCCAUACGACAGUAGCGUUUCUUAUCGUCCUGGAGCACGGUUUGGCCCCCAAGCUAUUAGAGCUGCAUCUCAACGACAGUUUUCAUAUCGUGGCUUCAAUUUCCGAGCUGGAAUAAACCCAUAUCAGCAGUGGGCUAAAGUGAUCGAUUGCGGGGACGUUCCGGUAACGCCAAUGGACAGUAGCCUGGCACUGAAAAUGAUGACAGCCGCAUUUGAUAAUUUGUUGAGUAGAGAAAGUGCGUAUGAGGGAAGCUCCAUGCCACCAAGAUUAGUGUCUCUAGGAGGUGACCAUAGUAUUAUUCUCCCCAUUAUUAGAAAUUUGUACAAAGUUUAUGGGCCCAUUACAGUUCUUCAUUUUGAUUCUCAUUUGGAUACUUGGUCACCCGAGAAGUAUCCUUCCUACUGGCAGAGUGAAGCAUCAGAGUUCAAUCAUGGUUCUAUGUUGUGGAUGGCUAAAGAAGAGGGACUUUUGUCUGAACAUAAUAUUCAUGCUGGUUUAAGAACUCGUUUGAGUGGGACUGAUUGGUCUGAUUACUUAGAGGAUGAUCAUCUUGGUUUUCACAGGAUUGAAAGUGAUGAAAUCCUUAAAAUUGGACUAGACGGCAUUAUUGGUAAAAUCAGACGGUUACUACCGAAAAAUUCACCAGUCUAUAUUAGUGUUGACAUUGAUGUUUUAGAUCCAAGUGCUGCACCAGGGACAGGAACUGUUGAAGUAGGUGGUUGGUUGACCAGAGAACUUGUGUAUAUCUUGCGCUCCUUGGAGGACGUCUUUAUAGUCGGCGCUGAUGUUGUAGAAGUAUCCCCUCCUUUUGAUCAAAGUGAAAUAACUGCUCUAGCAGCCUCUCAAAUAGUAUAUGAGUUGGUGACUUCAAUGGUCAAGGGUGGCCCAAUCGAUCCAGAUAUGGUCAAGGCAAAUAUUGAAGGUGCUCCUGAACUUUCGAAUGACGAAAGUAAAGUUUUUUUUGAGGAUGCAAGAGAGGGGGAGUUUUUGAAAUGA